AUGGAUUCAAGUUCAUCUUCAUUUUCUCAUUCAGUCAACUAUCAUAAUGAGAAUAGAAGUCAUUUAAAUCAACAACAGCCCCAGCAAUUGGCUACUCAAUACCCACCAUCACCAACCAGUCAACAAACAACCAUUCUAUCUAUUCUUCAGGAGGGUAGAAUGCAGCUAGAUGACAUAAGCUCAAAGCCUGAAACUUCAAGUGAUUGUCUUCUAAGGUCUUUAGUAUUAUGUAUCAAUCAAUUAUUGGCUUAUGGUGAUCAAUUAUCAAAUAAUUAUACACAAUUUUUACCAGACAAUAUGAGAUUACCAAUGAUUACCAUUGAUCUAUAUAUUGCCAGAAUCCUUAAAUACUCUCCAUGUUCAAAAGAAUAUAGAUUAAUUACCAAAAGAAACUUUAUUGUAAAUAGUUAUAAUAUACAUCGAAUUUUAAUCACAAGUAUUUUAGUAGCAGCAAAAUAUCUUGAUGAUAUUUUUUAUAAUAAUCACUUUUACUCUCAAGUUGGUGGUGUUUCAGUUAAGGAAAUCAAUGUGAUGGAACUUGAUUUACUUAAAUUGCUGUCAUUCGAUGUAGGUGCCAAUCUCGAAUCCUACGUUCAAUAUGCCAACAGCAUUGAAGUUUAUAACAAGAAGAUUCAAUCUCACUUGCACAUCAACAAUCCAAUCAGUCUGCCAAUUUCGAUUCCAUCGAUUGCCACACCGCAGGAAGGUACACUUUCGAUUCAUCUCGCUUUGAAAGAUUCAGUAUCUUCACAGGAUCUCACAUCAACCACCAACAACAACAACAAUAACAACAAUAACAACAACAGUCAAAACAAACACACAAACAACAACAACAACAACAACCCAAACGCAUUCGCCAAUCAUUCACAAUCAAGUAGUUCACUUAUAAACGGUAGCACUUCUAAAUCGGAACUCCAGCACAACAAUAGUAAUAAUAAUUUAAAAAGUGAUACAAAUACAACUUUGUUCAUUUAA